AGACCGAAAAAGAACUCAAAGCCCAACAAUGAGGGAGAAGGAUCAUCAAAGCAGCCACCGGAUGAACAACAACCAGAGGAACAACCCGUGAGGAAGAAAUCCAAAACUGUUGCACCAAAAUCUGCAGCGAAAUCUCGUGAAGCAGCUGGAUCAUCACAGCAGCCGCCGGAUGAACCACCACCAAAGGAACAACCCUGGAUGAAGAGAACGAAAAUGGUUGCAUCGAGAUCUCGUCAAGGAGAAAAAUCAAGGCAGCCGCCGCCUGCUAUUCCAGAAGUUGAGGAGGAAGAUGAGGAAGAAGAUGAUGAGGGAGAGGGUCCCUGCGGCUCAUAUUUCAGAUUUCGUGGGUCCACCUAUUCCCUCUUCAAAAUUAUAAACUACUGGAAAGAAGAUGCUGAAUACUAUGCAGCCUGCAAGAAAGAAGUCGAGAAGGCAGGAUUCAGGGGCCUAUUGGAGCUUCGCAUGCCGAAGAUACCCAAUGUCUUCAUGGACGACUUGAUGGCUGCUUAUGACUCCUCAUCCAGUACUUUUGUUUUUGGGGAAGGAGACUCGAAGAAGGUCUUCGACUUCACAGCUGAGGAUGUGGCACGUGUCUACGACCUUCCUCUCGGUGGGGCUGUGAUUGAUUUGAAGAACGUUGAGGGGGGGAUGCUUGAUAGUUUCAGCGAGGAA